AUGUGGGAUGUAAUAAUCUGGGCAACAGAAAAUGCAAUUGAUUUCGUACCUUCUUCAUGGGCAAGCGAAGAUCGAAGUUUGUACAAGUAUCCAUCUGGGAUGUCCCAACAAAAGCUCCGGCAAGUCAUAUAUGAAUCUCAAAAUAUUGAAGCAAACUAUAAGUGGUAUCCUGCUGAAGUUAAGGUAAAGGAUGUAAAAGUUUUAAAACGAGCCCAGCAAUUAUGUGAAAUGGGCCAGUAUACCUCCAAUAUUGAAAAUACGAGCGACAGCGAUGAAGAAAUGAACAAACGUAAAAAUCGCAGAAUGGUUUUAUGUGAAAAUGGUAUGGUACGUUUGAUUAAUUGUGUAUUGCUUUCACAAUUAAUCAAACGUACCAUACCAUUUUCACAUAAAACCAUUUUGCGAUUUUAUGACACACCAUCCGAAAAAUCUUUUCCCAAAAGCACUAACGACGAUCUUGGACAAAAAUUAAAAAGAAAAAGUCGCAAAAGAAUUUCAUAUGAAUUAAGUGAUCAAGAAGGUUGUGAUGUUUUACAAAAACAAGCUAAAACCAAAUAUAAUAUACCACCGGAAGAACAAUCACAUAACUCAUCUAAUCAAGAAAAAUCAUUUAACAAUCGGCUGUCACCUUUGGGAGAUGGAUUAAGUGUUGCGAGCUCGACAAGUACGGUAACCAACAUAUCUCAUGAUACGGCUGUUUUGAGUGGAAUUUGGAACCAAAUACUAAAAAACCAAAGUGAAAUGAAGUAUUCGAUUAAAGCGUUGGCGAAGAAAGUGGAUGAAAUGGAUACCAUGAUGAAAAUAAAAUAUUCACAAAUAACCAGCUCAUCUGGAUCCAUCAAUGACAGCAUGUUUGUUGAUAAACUGCCAUGCAGUAGCUCAGACGAUUUAAAUGCAUUGGACAGUUGCAUCAUGGACGAUCAAAUUUUUUCAGACUUGGUCAACUUUUUGUAUCUAGUAGGUGGAGAAACUGUCACUAAAACGAUAUAUAUGAUAAUGAAAAAAUUGAUAACAAAUACUCUUGCAACAAAUUACUCUGGUGUUGGCAAAAAGCACAAAUUGCCUUUUUGCAACUUGAAAAUUUACAGUGCAGUUUUAGCUGCUACUAGGAAAAGACAUGCAACGGCAUCAGACGAACAAAUUAAGAAAACUGUUUCGUUAUACUUGGCCCAAAGCAAAAAUCGAAUUACACAUACAAAAGUUUAGUUUAAAUUUACUCUGAAAAUUGCAGGUAAUUUUGUGG